UGAUGAAUGAGAUCCUUGUGAGCUCUGCCGUGCAUGUGAGAUGCGGGACAGGGAGGUUGUAGGAACGGUCACGGGUGUGGCGCUGGCGCACGGUGGUAGCGGUAGUGGCAGGGCCCUCGUGAAGACCCCCGCGUCUCGUACGCUCAGUGGGCCCCGUGGUGCCGCGCUACGCACCAUGCGUCCCGCAGGGCGCAUCCUCCAUCUCAUCCACCUCCUCCACCUCGUCCUCCUCCUCCACCAAGGACUCCGAUCCGCCGACGCUGGCGCGGCCGCCGCCGGGUUGGCCCUGCCGUUCGUCUACGAGUCGAGGGCUCGCUGCGAGCCGCCGUGCCGCAACUAUGGACUGUGUGUGCGCAACGACACCUGCUUCUGCCUGCACGGAUACCAGGGAGAGCGCUGCCAGCACGCCACGUGCAACCCGCAGUGCAAGCACGGCGGCGAGUGCCUGAGAUCUGCCAAAUGCCGCUGCACUCUGGGAUUCGAGGGGCGAUUCUGCCAAAAAGCGAGCUGCAGUGGGGGCUGCAUGAAUGGCGGUCAGUGCGUGACGGUGCUCGGCGUCUCCAAGUGCUCGUGUCCCUCUGGCUGGGGAGGCGCGCGCUGUCACCAGGCUAUGUGUCCACAGGGAUGCAGAAACGGAGGUGUGUGUGUGGUGCCAGACAUCUGUAGUUGCCUUCCAGGCUGGCAUGGAGGAGCCUGCCAGAUUGCCGAGUGCCAGAAGCCAUGCCUCAACGGAGGGAAGUGCGUGGCACCCGACGUCUGCCGCUGCCGUCACUCCUACCGAGGUCCCCGCUGUGCGACUCGAGUGAUUGCAUGAUCACGCCACUGCACAGCAACCCGGAGCAGGAACACUAGUGCACAGAUGUUGCUGCCUUAAUGUCUUCCAAUGUCAAAAAAACAGGACACCAGAGAACCAUUAUCAAACGCCCGAGACUGUGUUUAAAGCCAAGCAAUCCAGCCGGGCCCAAUAUUUGAUGACUGUGUACCAUGCGCAGGGCUGCCCAGAUUUUCCUGGAGGCCCAGGGCAGAUUGCCACGUGAAUCCUUAUUAUUCAUGAGUCACACAAAAAAAACAGGCCCGUUGUGGAGCCCUCUUUGGUGUGAGGCCCAGGUAAAUGACCACUUUUAUCCCUCCGACCUGUCGGCGACCCUGUCUACGUGUGUCUCCGUAACGAUGUUGUCGGAUAUCGGAAGCCAAGCAGGUGUGAGCAGUAUGUAGUUAGUUGGGUGACCGCCAAGGUUUGCCAAUUGUUGUAGGUGUGGAGUUGCCAGGGCUGGCCAAGGGAUAAUAGAGUCGAGUGUCGAUCCUGUCCGUAUGUGCAGUGGGGUUUGCUUCGGUUACUCGGAUUUCCUCCCGCACGCCAAACACUGCAGUAAUUGCGUUGCCCAAACAUACCAAUGCAGGAUUCACUUGAGAAGGUCUUGGGGACUCUUGCGAGGCGUUGCUUAGUAAAUUAGUAUAGGAAUAAAAAACAAAAUUCUGAAACAAAGUUCAUCAUGCACUGCCCAUGGAGCUUUACGGGUCAUAGCAACAACUGAGGUUUAUCUUAAUAGUUGUAUUCAUGCAUAUGUCUAGUAAUUGAUAGAUGAUUAAACUGUACAUUGUUCAAGUUUGAAUACCGUAUGUGCAUCAUAAGAACAACCUAGAAAUUAGAAGAGCAUUCUAACGUGUCAUGUAAUGUGCCUCAGUUUUCAAUACCAAUAUCAAUAACCAAUGCAUUUUUUUGUUUAUAUAAACCUUAGAACAAAACUGUUAAUUUCAAGUGAGUAUUAACAUUAUAUUAAAAUAUGUACAACUUUUUCUUAACAAAAAAAAUCAACGUAGAAAUGUAGAUAG